AUGGAGUCUGGCAAAGGUGAGAAAAUCUAUGCCAUAAAUCUCGCUUUCCACAUAAACUCUUUCUUUUUCGUGGGCUAUCCUUCAAAAGUUUCUUUGGCGUUUGCUUCUUUUUCUCCCCCCAAACAAAUGCUUCAGUUCAGGCACCCAGAAGAUGCCAUUGGCCUUCGCCGAAGAAGACCUUGGCCUGUUGCAUCUUCCAUGCUUCUUCUUCCACCUUUUCUUUACUAUCUCUAUGAUCGAUUUAGUCCAAUUCCAAUUAAGUGGGCUUUGAUUCCGUAUUUGCAUGGUCUUUCUGAAUGUUUCUCAAAACUGGCCAUGAAGGGACAUUUUGCAGUAAGUAGGGGAGGAGGGGAGAAGGGGAAUUUACACUACAGUGACGAAGUGGAGUGUGAUCAGGGCUUAGCGAAGCGUGAAGGAGCUGUAGUUUCAUCUGGUUUUUUUACCUCCUUAUUGGGAACUCUCUCUCUCUCUCUCUCUCUCUCUCUCUAUAGUUAUUCCCAACUAAAGAGAGAGAAAUGGCAGAACAGCAUUUUCAGCCUGGAGGUGUGUGAAUCUGGCUUGAAUCCUCAUAAAGUUGCAGCCGACGGAGACUUUGAUGAUGAUGGAAAGCCCAGAAGAACCGGGACUGUAUGGACAACAAGUGCCCACAUAAUAACAGCAAUCAUAGGGUCAGGAGUGUUGUCCCUGGCUUGGGGGGUGGCUCAGCUAGGGUGGCUUGCUGGGGUCACCACUCUUCUCGUCUUCUCCUUCAUCACUUUCUACACUUCCAAUCUCUUGGCUGACUGCUAUAGGUCUCCUGAUCCAGUCACUGGGAGAAGAAACUACACCUACACUCAAUCUGUCAAAACCUACUUAAGUGGGAAACUGUAUGUGGCAUGUGGAAUUGCUCAGUAUAUUAAUCUGUGUGGGAUGAUGAUUGGCUACACCAUCACUGCUUCAAUAAGCAUGGUGGCUGUGCACAAGUCUAAUUGCUUCCAUGAGAGAGGCCAUCAAGCUCAAUGCAGCUUCUCACAUAAUCCCUACAUGAUAGCCCUAGGCAUCCUUGAAAUUUUUCUCUCCCAAAUCCCAAACUUCCACAAGCUUUCAAUCCUCUCCGUUGUUGCAGCAAUCAUGUCUUUUAGCUACUCCUCCAUUGGAAUGGCCCUUGCCUUUGCCAAGCUUGUCUCAGGUGAAGGAAAGAAAACAACUUUAACAGGAGUUGAAGUUGGGGUGGAUUUGACUGCAGCUGAGAAAACCUGGAAAAUGUUUCAAGCAUUUGGAGACAUUGCAUUUGCCUUCUCCUAUUCCCAAAUCUUGAUUGAAAUCCAGGACACAAUAAGAUCUUCAUCGGAACCUGAGAACAAGGUGAUGAAGAAAGCCAACACCAUGGCAGUGUCCACCACAACUGCAUUCUACAUGAUGUGUGGCUGCUUUGGCUAUGCUGCAUUUGGGAACCAAGCAAAGGGCAACCUGCUGACUGGAUUCGGAUUCUACGAGCCGUUUUGGCUAGUCGACUUGGCCAACAUCUUCAUCGUCGUGCAUCUGGCCGGAGCAUAUCAGGUGUUUGCACAGCCGGUUUAUAGCGCAGUAGAGUCCUGGGCAAGCCAGAGGUUCCCCAAGUCGAGAUUUAUUAGGGCCGAGUACCCGAUAGGGAUGGGAAAGAAGCGCCUAUUCAACGUCAACUUUUUCAGGCUGGUUUGGAGGACUUUGGCCGUAAUACUGGCGACGCUUAUCGCGAUGACAUUCCCAUUUUUUAACGACAUGCUGGGGCUUCUAGGGGCGCUUGGGUACUGGCCGCUGUCGGUUUUCUUCCCCAUCGCGAUGCACAUUGUGCAGAAGAAGAUCAAGAGGUGGAGCUGCAGGUGGCUGGGGCUGCAGCUCAUAAACAUAGUCGCGUUCCUUGUUGCUUUGGCUGCAGCCUGUGGCUCAAUCCAAGGCCUGUUUGAUGCUUUUAAUAAGUACAAGCCCUUUCAAGUCAAGGAUUGAUCAUAUUUGAGCCAUAGGCCAACUACUCAAUAAUGUGAUGAUAUAUAUGGAUUGUUUUUCAUAUAUAUAUGUAUCUAAGUUUGAUAAGUGUUUUGAGUGUUUGUAAAAUUUGGUCCUUGUUGAGUCUUUAGCUCUAAGGGCUAUGGAAUGCAAGCAUGGAUCUCCUAUGCAAUUCCUCCAAAA